CACCCUCUUGAUUUGUGCAUUUUGACUUUUAAUCAAGAUUUGACAUAUCUAAUCGUUCAACUGAUUUUUAUUUUUAUCAUAUUGGAAAAUAAUGGCCCUAGCUAUAAUUUUGAAUAAUUCAUUGAGACCUUCAGUGUUUCAAAAUAUCUUGCAAGGAACCGCCAGUCAAUCCAAAACGAGAAAAUGGUUCACGCAGUUAUCGAAGUCACGAAAUUCAACCAACCAUUCCAAAUUAUUGCAACGGCUUCCUUUAACAAUUCUACCAAAUAUAGGACCAAAACGGUUGAUGAGCAGCAAUCACGCUAAACUAUGGCCAUUGGAAAAAAUUGUGAAUUUACUUUUGCUGGGAGUAAUACCUGCAACUUUUAUCGCACCUAAUAUAGUAUUAAAUGAUCUUUUUGCCGGUUUGACAUGUCUACAUAUGAAUUGGGGUUUGGAAGGAGUUGUAUUAGACUAUGUAAGACCGAUUAUAUUUGGAUCAGCUAUUCCAAAAUUAGCUAUACUACUUCUUUAUCUCAUAUCGUUGUCGACGUUCGUCAGUCUCAUUUAUUACAAUCACAAAGAUAUCGGUAUUGGAUGUACUUUUCGAAAAUUUUGGGAAAUUACCGAUGAGGAUGAAUAAAAUAUUUUUAUACUUUUUUCACUAAAAUAAAGUUUGUUUCUAUGUGUAAA